AUGAAGCUCUGUGCUGAUACGGUAAACUACGGUAUCUUCAAGUGUAACAUAAAUUUCAGGUACCUUUUUCAACCGUCGGAACCAUUUUCCAGCGUCUUUCUUAAAAAUCUGAAAAGUAAACAUCUGCAACAAUACAUUGAACAAAUACCCGCACAGCCCGGCAUAACGUCGGUGAUGAUCCCUCAUUUUUCUAUCAUUUCACCGAUCGGAUUACGCUCUGUUUUUGGAAAAUGUAAGCCUAUAAAUCAUUAUUUGUAUAAAAGCAAACAUCCGAUGUUCCCCUAUCCUUGCAUUACCCGGGUUUUUUCGCCAUAUAAGGCUGAAUUUGGACGUGUUUAUCGGAAAGUACCGCAGCAACAUUAUGGCACCUGCUACAUAUUUCCCCUUUGGGACUAUUAUCACAAAACUAAAAUGGCGUUGAAAAUUGAACUGCCGAAAUCAAAACCAAAAGGGACAUACGAAGGAAAAGUAGCAAAAGAGCAAAGAAGUAAAUUUUAUUUUUUUCCAAAAAUUUUGUUCCUUGUGUUCAGCACAAAAAAUUGCGAAAAGCGAAGCUCAAGACGUUGUAAUGUUUAAUU